AUGCUUCAACCUUCUUCUUUCCAGCCGCUCAACAAGCGCUCAUCGCCUGCAGCAUCAGCGACACCUGCUCAAGCUUCAAGCAAUGGUCCAACUCCAAUCGAAGCUGCAAUCAGUCCAACUUCAGCUCAUGUCCAGCUCGCGCGUAAUGGCCAUCUUCUUCCCGGGUCCGACUCUGUUCCGGGUUCCACUCAGAUUCAGCAACAGCAACAACAUCAACAGCAGCAACUACAACAACAACAAUUAGUCUCUGAUCAAAUCUAUGGAAUCAAAAUAGAAGACGAUCCAAAUAUGAUUCUUGCUUCUCGAAGAAUCGUUCAAGCUCCGGGUACCGACAAUAACUUAGUAUCCCCUUCAACAGCAGCUGCAGCUACAGCGGUAGUAUCGGCAACAGGUCAAACAGUAACGCCACCUGUCUUGGCGGGACUUAGUCAGCACUCGGGCUUUGUGGAGGCCCCGCUCGGCUCCUCCAAUCAAAACGACCCCCGCACCGACCCCACACCUAGUGUUCCGAUUUCUUCAGAUACUCCAGGGACUGGAGCAGCAACAACAGUAACAGCGCCAUUUCAACCUCAGCAACAACAAUCACAUGUUUUACAAGAAAAUGCAUUAGCCCCGGGGUCCGAAUCAACAGUAAGGUUGUCUUCUAACGGGAUUCUUUUAGAAACAUCAACAUCAACAGCACCAACAGCAACAGCAACAGCACCAGCACCAGCAGCAACAGCAGCAACAGCAGCAACAACAGUAACAUUGCUAGCAGCGGCAGCACCACCUGCGACAGCUCCUAAUUCUGCAGUUACUCCUCCUUCUAUCCCCACAGCAAAUGCCCCCGGCAGCCACGGUGCCGCAAGUGCCGCGGCUCCCAUGACUAAUCAAGUAGUCACCAACAACACUUUCUCCACCUCCGCAACAUCUACUACGCCCCCGCCCGCAACAACAAACCCAAACCCAACUCCGGACCCGGGUAAACAGACCCCUGGUUCUACAGCUACAAAGCCGCCUCAUCACCAGCAACAACAGACCGGAUCGACAACCAACCCGACCCGCUCCUCUUGGGUCUGGAACUUUUUUGUUCAAACACCGGAAAACCCAUUCCGCGUCCAAUGCCAAUUUAGACCAUCUUCAGACUCGCCCGAAAUCUGUGGCGUUGUCUUAACCCGAGACAAGACUGGCUCUACUGGUUCCAUGUGUCGACACUUGUCUCGCGUCCACCAACUUCUUCCCUCACACGCUGCUGCUGCAUCUUCUUCGGCUUCAAACAAACGUGGUGGUAGCUUUGCUGGAAGUUCAGGAUCAGGCACUGGUAAUGCUCGUGGUGGAUCUUCCUCUUCAACUACAAAUACUAAUGGCAACAGCUCUAAUGCUUCUGGCGCUCAGAGCCCCGGUGGUAAUGGCGCUGGAUCCAAAUCUUCUUCUUCUUCGUCGUCUUCUUCUUCAUCUUCAUCUUCUGCUAACUCCAAUGUUGUAAUUAUUAAUGGUGUUGCUUAUAAUGAAAGCCCCAAUGGCCUUAAAAAACUUAGCACCCCGCUUAACAAUAAUAAUAAGAGACCCCUCGAUUCUUCCUCACUGGAUCAUGCAUCUAAGCGCGCAAACAACUCAGGCUCUGCAAACUCUUCAGGAAAACCAAAAUCUCGAUCUAAAGCUAAUUCAGUGCGGGGGAAUGCUGCAAAUUCUGCAGCAGCAGCAGCAGCAGCAGCUGCUGCUGCCCCAGCACCAAAGUCCAAGUUUACACACUCGUACAUUCUUAACAAUCUUUUGCCCUACUACAUUGAAACCGGCAUUGUUUUCUACGAGCCUGACUUUUACCGCUUUAAGGCGCACCUUUUGUCGACGCUGCAAGUGCCAACAUUACCUUCGGAACUGCAGUCAUUUGCCAACUUUUGCCUUUACGCACAGUCCCGCUACCAAUCCACCCGCCAAUCCAUUAAGCGCGAGCUAUCAAGAGCCCCAGGCCUUAUUUCUCUGUGCUGUGGUGUUUGGAAAUACGAAGAUUCCAAUGCCACUCAAUCCACUCGUUUUAUUGAGAAAAAUAUGAUGUUGAUUGUCACUGCUCGCUAUGUUGAUGCUAACUGGACUCUUCGUCGACUACUUCUUAAGAUGAUUCCCACCCGUUGGUACACUACUAAUGUCGUUGCAGAGAUUCAGAAAACUGCGCUGGAGUUUGACAUUUCUGGCAGAAUUUUUACCAUUGGCAUUGAUGGCACCCAGCAUAAUCUUGAUGAAAACGAGCUUAAAGUUUUGGAAGAAUCUCUUAAAGAUACCGAGGCGGCACUUACCGUGGGUAUUUUCAAGCGCAAGGCUUCCGAGUACACUUCACUAAUUCCCCGUCGAUCUCUUUACUAUGGUCUUGAUGAGGAACUUGGUGAACUCCAGUUUGACUGCGGCGUUGACCGACGUUCGUUAGUUUUUGACAGUCUUGUUUCACGCAUUUCCAAGAUUGUGGAUAAUUUGAUUUAUGGCCCGCUUUCUCCAGUCAUUUUGCUUAUUAUGAAGAUUGAGCGCAUUGCCGAUCAACUUGUUGGGACCGUCACUCUGCGUCAGCAAAUGGACAAGAUUGUGGUUAAGGAAGUUCCUGAAAACUCAUCUUCAUCAUCUGUCAUGCAAUCUCUUUCCCCCCAUCUUUCAGAUGACCCUCACGAGCUGCUCCAGUUGCAGCGCCGCGCUGAGCGCAAGUCUCUUCGUGAUUAUGAUGAUGACGAUGAUGAGGAGGAUUAUGAAGAUGCUCUUAAGCGAUUGGAACUCGAUGGCGAGUUUAACAAUUGUAACAAGGACGGUAAUGAUGAGCUUGUUGGCUGGAGAUCUGUUUUCGUCAUGCUCAAGAACGCCGAACUCAACUUGGACAUUAUCCGUAAACGCUCGAUGCUCACUGAGGAAGAUAUUGACUUGCUUCAAGCUCUUGUUUCUAUUCUUAAGCCCAUUUUCACCACCAUUAGUGACUUGAAGAUUUCAUCUUAUGAUACUGCUGGUGUGACUGCUUUUGCGAUUGAAACCAUGAUCAAGAGUGUUUUGGACAUUCACACUAGAAAUCCCAACAGUAACAAAGCUCUGAGCACCAAUAAGCAGAUUUCGGCGUUGGUGAAUGCCCUUGAAGAGCUUUACAAGGAACGCAUUAGCGAUAAUAUGCUAUACUCGUGCAUUGCUGUCAUGGACCCUAACUUUAAGCGUGUUUACUGGCAUAUGGAUUCUGCCAUGCAGCAGCGGCUGUCUGAGACGCUACGCAAAGGCGUUUUGUGGGUCAAUGAUCGACGCAAACAUGUGGGCAUUAAAGGUUUUGAUGAAGAGGGUGCCAGUCUUGGUGACGAAGACAAUGACGUUGAAAUGGGCUACGCUAACAAGUCUGGCCGAUCGUGGUCUGCAUCUGGUAUUGCUGGAAGUAAUGGAAGUAGCAGUGGCAGUAAUGCUGUGACUUGGAAUGACAUUUUGCCAUCGCCUGUGCGUGAGUUGAAUGAGGAAAGCAAGCGGUCAAAGGACGAUGUUGUUAUGGAGGAUUUGGUUGGAGAUGCUUGUGGUAGCAGUGUGGCAAGCACACCCACGCGCAAGAGCGAGAGUGCUGGGUCUGCGGUUAGUGGAACUGGUAUUAUUUCUUCUUCAUCUGGUGGAGCUCCUGGUGAGCAGCUGAAGGAUGAGGAGCCUAGUUUUUUCCGCACGCUUGUUUCUAAGGAGAAGCCGAUUGACACUGUUGAGGUUGAGAUUGGUGAGUACUUACGGGCUCAUACUGGAACUAAGUUUGUGGACCCAUAUCAGUGGUGGAAGACAAAAGGACAGAUGCAAUUUCCUGCGUUGAGCAAGUUGGCUAUGACUUACCUGGCUAUUGCUGGUUGGAACACAGUUGUUCAUAACCAGCAGUUGUAUGAGGGAAGUGCAUUACUGCCCUGCCAACGACGCCGUGGUCGACACCAGUUUGUGGUGAAGCCUGCUAGUACUGCUGCUGCUGCUGCCGUUGCUGCUGCCUCUGCUGCCUCUGCUGCUUCUGCUGCUUCUGCUACUGCUACUGCUACUGCUGUUGAUGCCAAUACCUCGAGCUCUACAUUAGCUUCUACGACGAUUACGAGUGCAACGGCGACUCCUGCAGCGGGGACAGCGGCAGCUGUUUCUGCGGGUAAUGAACUUUCGCCUAAGGCCACAACUUCUGAACUUACUGCUAACUCAAGUGCAGUUUCAGGGGAAUCUGCUAGUGCAGGUGGAGCAGCUGGUGCUCUGAUGAAGCUUGCUGGUAGCAAGACACCAGAAACUGAGGAAAAGCCUAGUGGAAUCAAUGGUGAGGCAAGUACAGCCGGAGCUGGUUCUGAGAAUGGUGUCAGUGUAGCUGGAGAAGCUACGUCUUUAAAGGCAGCAGAUGGUGUGACUGCUGCUGCUGAGAGUACCACAGGAUCAGUUCCAGAGAAUGCAGGAGCAGUGACAACGGCGGCCGGUGAAAGCUCAUCAGCCGAGGCAACAACAGCAGCUACGGGAACAGGGCCCUCGGUGAGCACUUCUGGACCAAAUCCCGCUGGAGUCACUGUUGUGGAGAGUACGGCAUCAGGUGCGGGUAGUUUCAGUAAUGGUACUAUGUCUGAGACUAGUGCCAAUGCACCUGCGGCAGUUCCGGCGGCACCAGCAGCACCAGCAGCACCAGCAGCACCAGCAGCACCAGCAGCACCAGCAGCACCAGCAGCAUCAGUAGCAUCAGUAGCAUCAGUAGCACCAGUAGCUCCAGCAGUUCCAUCUGUGGUUGUUUUGGAGAAGAUUCGACCUGAGCAAGAAAUGUGUCUUCGAUACUGGACUCGGUAUUAUCAUGCUCCAUGA